AUGGAGAGACUCAGACGUCCAGACGCCAGACUCAGACGUCCAGACGCCAGACUCAGACGUCCAGACGCCAGACUCAGACGUCCAGACGCCAGACUCAGACGUCCAGACGCCAGACUCAGACGUCCAGACGCCAGACUCAGACUCAGACGUCCAGACGCCAGACUCAGACUCAGACGUCCAGACGCCAGACUCAGACUCAGACGUCCAGACGCCAGACUCAGACGUCCAGACGCCAGACUCAGACGUCCAGACGCCAGACUCAGACGUCCAGACGCCAGACUCAGACGUCCAGACGCCAGACUCAGACGUCCAGACGCCAGACUCAGACGUCCAGACGCCAGACUCAGACGUCCAGACGCCAGACUCAGACGUCCAGACGCCAGACUCAGACGUCCAGACGCCAGACGUCCAGACUCAGACGUCCAGACGCCAGACUCAGACGUCCAGACGCCAGACUCAGACGUCCAGACGCCAGACUCAGACGUCCAGACGCCAGACUCAGACGUCCAGACGCCAGACUCAGACGUCCAGACGCCAAACUCAGACGUCCAGACGCCAAACUCAGACGUCAGACUCAGACGCCCAGACGCCAGCGACGACGCCGGCUGUGGUGGUGCAUGA